UCUUCCCGCCGGGGCUACAGCUGGGCCGGCUUCAUCGUGGCGGUUGGCUCUAUCUGCGCCAUGAACACCGUCCUGCUCAGCAAUCUCUUCUCCCUGCCUCGCAUUGUCUACGCCAUGGCUGCCGACGGGCUGUUCUUCCAGGCGUUUGCCCGCGUGCACCCCCGGAUGCAGGUGCCCAUGGUGGGCAUCCUGGUGUUCGGGGUCCUGAUGGCUCUCCUGGCGCUGCUGCUGGACCUCGAGGCCCUGGUGCAGGUCCUAUCCAUCGGGACGCUGGUGGUCUACACCUUUGUGGCCGCCAGCAUCAUCAUGCUGCGCUUCCAGAAGGAGUCUCCACCCAGCUCCCCAGGCCCAGCCAGCCCCGACCCCUCAGACCAGAUACAGCUGGUGGAUGCUGAGCAGGCCUCAGGCCCUGAGCCUGGGCAGCUGCGACUGGCCCUGAGGCCCUACCUAGGCUUUCUGGGUAGGUGCAGCCCUGGAGGUGCCGUGGCUUGGGCGCUUGGCGUUCUGAUGGCCUCGUCUAUCACCCUGGGCUGCGUGCUGGUCUUCGGGGACUCAGUCCUGCACCUCCCACGCUGGAGCUAUGUCCUGCUGCUCCUGUUCAGCGUUGUCAUGUUUCUGCUCAGCCUCGUCGUCCUGGGGGCUCACCAGCAACAGCACCGGCCAGACACCUUCCAGGUACACCCCGGCCAACGCCCGCUCAUGCCCAGCCCAGCCCGUUCCCUUCACCCCUUCUUCCUCUGCCAUUCCGGGAUACACUACUCAUGGGGCCGGGGAGGCCAGUACACCCCUCUUUCUGCAUGGGCAGCAAGCACUUGAUUCCAAAAUCUCCAGAGGUAGGGGGCCAG